AUGGUCACCAAUACCAUAUACUCUGACUCCCAAAUAGUAGUCGUUGACAUAGGGUCCGUCCCUGCCACUGCGUCAUGGCUCGAGCAGACAACCUACCUCAUCGACCAAUCAGGAUACACCACAGCUGUACUGGCUCAGACGAAUCAGCCUACAAGCGGUGUGACCCUUGCACCGGUGCCUUACACUGCCCAAGCACCGAUAGCUAUACCUUCUAUGACAGCGGACGACCUUCCCGUGGGAUGGGCGUAUAAAGGGUGCUACAUCGACUAUUCCGAAGCACGCGUGCUUCCUAUUGAGCAACCUGCGGACUCAAAUCUUACUAUCCAGUCAUGCGUCAGGUCUUGCUCUCAGAUUGGCUACUCUGUCUCAGGCUUGGAAUUCCGCCACCAGUGUUUUUGCGGAAAUGCUAUCUACAAUGGCGGUACUCUCGCACCAUUCGACUCUGACUGCAACUUGCCUUGUAGUGGCAAUCAUGCCCAGUACUGCGGUGCUACCAACAGAAUAAGCGUAUACUCGAACGGAACGCUGACGACAUAUCAACCGGCAGCAGUGCAGACUCCUAGAUCCACAACGACCGCCCCUACUAUAGCACCAUCUCCCAUCGGUGCUACAUCCCAGACGUCAAAACCAGCUGUCACUGUUGCCGCUGCUGUGGUUGGGGCGGUGGCAGGAAUUGCUAUCACCGUAGCGCUGGUCUAUUACUUUCGUAGGUGGAUCAGGAGGAAUCGUCUCCGAACGGAGUUUCUACUGCCAACACCCCAAAGGACUGCACAGGCAUGGCCACCUGCCGACGGCGUUCCAUCUUGGGAGGAGUUCGUCAAAGAAACUGAGGAGUACUACGCGAGAUUUACUGAGAGCACUAUGCUCUCUAGUAAGGGCGACGGCUCCGGACUUGGCCUUAAGAAUAUCCCGGCUGGCUAUCGUCCCAGUACCCCAGAGCUGUGGAAAAUAUACGAGCAAUUGCGGCGCAAGAACCAAGAACCGUUCCGAACUGGUUUAGGAUCUACCGACACCUCUCUUGCGUCGCCAGCAAGCUACUCGCCACCUCCAGAAGCACCCGCCCGAGCACAUCGGGGUCAGCCUACGUCUAUCCUGAAACGUCCCGCAGUCACGGGAACCGCGAACAUGGCCCAUGGCAUGUUUGACAAUGAGGACGAGCACGGCCCGAGGGCUGUUCCUGCCACAAGGAACCUAGCACUAGCCAAGAAAGGCGUCAGGUUCGGGGUAAACCAGAUCCGUGAAUUUGGCAGGUCGCCGUUCAUCGGUCAUGGGAGCGAUACUUGA